AGAACAUCACAGGUGAACCGGUGAGCUUCCAGGGAGAACACAUCAAAUGCAAGGGUGGGGUCAAUUAAGAUAGCACAAGGGCUAAUCUUGUAGCCGGAACCAUGAAGCGCCGCCUUACAAAUCUGGAGGUCCUCCUCACUGUCACCACUUCACUUUUUGCUGUUUGCUGUGUCUGUCUGAUCGUGGUUUCCUGCAUAGGUCUGAAGCCUGAAGGUGCAGCAGAGCCUGUGCAGUUGAUAGGUCAGAUGGUCAUCACAGCAGGAGCGGCGUUCUCCGAGGAACUAAGAAACUCCAGCAGCCAUCUCUUCAAGUCAUUGGCCUUUGAUGUGCAGCAACUGGUGUCUGAUGCAUUUGGUGCCAGUGAGCUGCGGCUGCUCUACAGAUCCUUUCGGGUUCUUUAUUUCAGGCCUGGCAGCAUUGCGGUGACCUUUGACCUGGAGUUCAAUCAGCAGAUUGAUCUGAAUGAAGUGAAGCAGCAGCUGGGGGAGGGUCUUCAGCAGAUAGAGGAUGGGGCUUUGGUUAUUGAUGUGGAUAGCAUUCAAAUCACAGAGAAGCCAAGUUCCACAACACCUGAGCCCACAUCCACAACAGGUCACAUAACAACUGAGACCAUGCCCAUAACAGGUCACACAACACCUGCAGCCACGCCCACAGCAGCUUCCUGUCCUCCUGACCACAGUCUGUGUUGGGACAGAUCCACGUGCGUUCUGACUGAUGUUCUCUGUGAUGGAGUCAGUGACUGCCCUGAUGCGUCUGAUGAAAACUCCUCUCGCUGUGCAACGACAUGUGAUGGACAGUUUGUGCUGGGAGGACCAAACGGAACAUUUCGGUCCUCAGAGACUGAAACAUACAGAAACAACAGCAACUGCCGCUGGAUCAUUAGGAUGGAUGGAGGACUCUCAGUCCAGGUCAACUUCCACCACUUUGAAACUGAGGAGUACAGUGAUGUGCUUAAACUUUAUGAAGGAGUUGGACCCCACAAGCAGCUCGCAGCUGAGCUCUCAGGUCCUUCUCCUCCUGGGACGGUGUUGCUGCUGAACAACCAGGUGACUGUAGAGUUCACCUCUGAUGGUGUCAACGAUCUAUCUGGGUUCAGGGCCUCCUAUGUUGCAGUAAACACCUCCAGCCUGUCCAACCAGGAGAAGCUGAGCUGCAGUUUUGACCAGGGUUUCUGUUUCUGGAGGCAGUUGCAAGAUAGUUUUGAUACAUGGAUUCGAACCAAUGUCCCCACUUUCCCACCGUUAACUGGACCAAACUUUGACCAUACGUUUGGGAACAGUUCAGGCUUCUACAUUGUCACUUCAUUGAGUCCUGGCCAGUGGCUGAAGAGCUUCGUGAUCAACAGCCUCCCUCUGGCUCCAUCUUCACACCCCACGUGCUUAAGCUUCUGGUAUCACAUGUUCGGAGAGGAUGUCUACCGCCUCAGAGUCCUCCUGCGUCCCUCUCAACCAGAGUUGACUGAAGUUGUGCUGUUCCACAAAGAAGGGAACUUUGGAGACAACUGGAACUAUGCACAGAUCACCCUCAACCUGUCUACAGAAUCAACGGUGGUGUUUGAGGCUCAGAAGGAGGGUGGCAAUCAAAACGACAUUGCUCUUGAUGACAUCUCUUUGAGAUCUGAGGGCUGUGGCCCCGCCCCACCGGAACCAACAAAUGUACCUCUACCAACGACCGCCGCCCCCAUACCACCUGACUGUGGUGGGCCUUUUGACCUCUGGGAGCCAAACUCUACAUUUACUUCUCCAAACUACCCACAGUCCUAUGGGGACGGGGCUGAAUGUCUGUGGACCCUGCAUGCUGAGAAAGGACAAAACAUUCAGUUGCAUUUCCUGGAUUUCGAUGUUGAGGCAACCUAUGAUGUGGUGGAGGUGCGAGACGGGGCGGGGCUUAACUCCACUUUACUGGCUGUGCUCAGUGGCAGUGAUGGCCCCACACGUGACCUAUAUUCAACAGACAAUCAGAUGACAGUGUGGUUCUACACAGACAGUGGGGGAUUUGGCCGAGGUUUCAGAGCCAACUUUACCAGUGGGGUGAAUCUGGGUUCUCAAGCUCCAUGUACAAAUGGUCAGUUCCAGUGUCAGACAGGGGACUGUAUCCAUGGUGACCGUCAGUGUGACGGUGUGGCAGACUGUCCAGAUGGAUACGAUGAGGCUGACUGUGUUGCAUUGCAGGUUAACGGUUCUCAUCGGCUCCACUUUCUGCUUCUCCGCUCCCUGCUAACUGUUUGUGCCGACACCUGGGAUUCUGAGCUGUCUGACUUCACCUGUCAGUACCUGGGAUACAGGUCUGGAGAGGAAUCACUGCAGUCAGUUCUCCCUCAAGAUGCAGCAUUUGCAGUCGUCACAGUGAGCAGUAAUGGAACUCUGGAAACCCAAGUCAGGGAAACUUGCAGCAGUGGAGAAGUGAUUUCCCUGAACUGCAGCAACCAGCCAUGUGGGCAACGUCAGGUCUAUAACCAUGGUGACCAAUCAGAGAACAGCAAAGAAAAUAAUGGUGUGCCGAGAGUGGUGGGUGGGGUCAAUGCUGAAAAGGGGGCGUGGCCAUGGAUGGUGUCCCUACACUGGAGGGGGCGUCAUGGCUGUGGUGCUUCACUGAUCGGCAGAGACUGGUUGCUGACAGCUGCACACUGUGUCUAUGGGAAGAACACACACCUGCAGUACUGGUCAGCUGUUCUUGGCCUUCAUGCUCAGAGCAGCAUGAACUCACAGGAAGUUCAGAUCCGGCAGGUGGACCGCAUUAUAAUCAACAAGAACUACAACAGAAGAACCAAAGAGGCAGACAUCGCCAUGAUGCACCUGCAGCAGCCAGUCAACUUCACUGAGUGGGUUCUGCCUGUGUGUUUGGCAUCAGAAGGUCAACAUUUUCCAGCUGGAAGAAGGUGUUUCAUUGCAGGGUGGGGUCGAGACGCUGAAGGAGGAUCUCUACCUGACAUUCUACAGGAGGCUGAGGUUCCCCUGGUGGACCAGGAUGAGUGCCAGCGUCUCUUACCCGAGUACACCUUCACCUCCAGCAUGCUAUGUGCUGGAUAUCCUGAAGGUGGAGUUGACUCCUGUCAGGGUGACUCUGGAGGACCUCUGAUGUGCUUAGAAGAUGCACGGUGGACUCUGAUUGGUGUGACAUCAUUUGGCGUUGGCUGUGGGCGUCCUGAGAGACCAGGAGCUUAUGCUCGAGUGUCUGCUUUCGCCUCAUGGAUUGCUGAGACCAGGCGCUCCUCGUUCUCAGAUCUAGACUGAACUCUGCUUGGUUACCUGCAGAUCCAAACCCCUGCCUUUGCAGUUUGAUACAAACCUGGACCAACAAAUAAUCAGCCUUCCUCUAAAGAAUUCUGUAGGCUGGUGGUAUUGCCAAAUACACAAAAAUAUCCCUUUCACAGCCUGAUUCAAAAGUUUGUUUGAUGUUCAUUGUUUUAUUUUCUAUUCAUGACAAAUUUUUUCUUAGUACAGUGCUUUAAUUUCAUUGGAGCUUAAAUUUGCAAAUUAUUGGGAAUGUGUUUCUUGCCUUGCAAGAAGGUGGACUCAAUAAAUGACUUUGUCCAUUCUAAUGUCUUACUUCAGGAACAUUAGGUGGACGGACCAAAUUUCAAUGGACAUGACAUCUCAAGCCUCAAAUUUGCCCUUCAUUAUUUUAAGCGGGAGCAUGAAGUGCUGGUCUGUGCUCACAUUUGUAACUAAUCCAUAAAGUUUGUAUGGAUUUAAAUAAAGUUAUGUCAUUUUAAUGAACUAUGCCUCUGAAUCAGCUAGUAUGAGUCAAUUUAAAUCUCUUUUUGUAAAUGACUUGAAACAAAAGUUUUCUUUAAAUUCUGGCUGAGUGCUUUCCUCCUUCUCAGCUGUUGCAUCUGCAGGGGGCGCUGUGCUUUCAGCCAAAGUUUUAAUUAUGUUUUUCAUCUGAUAUGAGAAUUUUUGUCUUUGUUUUUUCCAUUGCUCUAUUUAUACCAAAAAUGAUUCCCCACAGUUUUUUUUGACCGAUCAGCUGUCCCUUCAGGAAUGUCAGAAAAUAAAAAAAACUGAAGUUUUAUGAA